UCUCGAGUACCAGUGUUUGGUUAAUCUAGCCCUGUUCAAACAGCGCAAUUGCUGAAGUCCAAACCAGUCGACGUUACAUGCCCAGCAAUGCAGCGUAGAUUGUAAACCAUGUUGGGAGGUGCUGUGAGGUGAAACCACAGUAUUAGCAGUGCCGCCAAGCUCUCAGUGGUAGAGAGAGUUUUGGUAAACAGAAGAUCACACGUCUCAAAGCAGACAAAACAGCCCCAGACGACAGCGGGAGUCCCAUGCAGGAUCACCUAUCACGAUAUCCUUUACGGUACACCUCUAAAACAUUACGACCUCAAAGUAUUGAGGCCGAGGCCAGCCGAGGCCUAAGCAACACACGGGCUUGACAUUUGAAGAUGUAUGGGUUUGUGAAUCACGCGCUGGAACUUCUGGUCGUGCGUAACUUUGGGGUCGCGAAAUGGGAGGAAAUAAAGCGAGCAGCAGAACUAGAAAUCGAGGGCCAUUUUCUCCAGCGGAUUAUUUACGACGACGUGAUGACAUAUUCCUUGGUGGGAGCCGCCACUCGAGUGCUCGACAUCGAGACAAGUGCAAUACUCGAGAAAUUCGGCGAGAUGUUUUUCGAUUUCUGUCAAGAGUCCGGAUACGAUCGCAUCCUUCAAGUACUUGGCGGGACCCUUCGAGAUUUCAUCGGGAAUUUGGAUGCGCUUCAUGACCACUUGGGAUCGAUAUACCCUGGCAUGCGAGCUCCGUCUUUCCGCGUCUCCGAUCGCGAAUCUGACGGCGCUCUUAUACUUCACUACUACUCAGAACGCGAUGGUUUGGAGCCAAUAGUGGUCGGUAUAGUAAAAACAGUCGCUCGUAAGCUACUCAACACUGAGGUCAGCGUAGAAGUCGUAAAGGGGAAAGAAUAUGACGGGGACGAUGUGCAAUUUGUAAUCAAAGAGAUCAGUGAUCGCGGAAGAGAUUGCGAUUCACAAGUGAAAAAUUAUGACCCGAUCAAAGAUUCCUUCCAGCUGUCAAACGAACCAAAAAUCUCGCCGGCGACAUUCUGCAAGGCAUUUCCGUUCCACUUGAUGUUCAACCGGGAUUUGAAGGUUACCCAGGCAGGGGAAUCUGUAAGUCGAGUAGUGCCCAGCCUCACCCCAGGGGAUGCAGACAUGUCAGAGAUUUUCGAGCUCAUAAGACCUCAGUUGCGAUUCACCUACGAGGCUAUCAUAGCUCACAUCAAUACAGUCUUCGUGCUGAGAACCCGAGAAGGAAAACUUUCUAAGCCGGCCAACAACAUGUGUAAUAAGAAUGGUUGCUGCAAGCUCUGUGGGGACUCCCUCCCCCUUCGACUCAAAGGACAAAUGGUAUACAUCCCUGAGUCAGACAACAUGAUAUUCCUGUGCUCGCCAAGCGUAGGGAACUUGGAAGAUCUAGCAGAUGUUGGUCUUUACCUAAGUGAUAUUCCCCUUCACGACGCCACCAAAGACCUGAUCCUCCUCUCAGAGCAGUUCAAAGCAGAGUAUGUCCUGACUCAACAACUAGAGAUCCUAACAGAUAAGCUACGACAAACGCACAAUGCCCUUGCAGAGAAAAAACAGCUGACGGAUCAGUUGCUAUAUUCAGUGCUGCCACCAUCUGUGGCCAAUGAGUUGCGGCAUAACCGGCCUGUCCAGGCAGAGAGAGCUGAGAUGGUUACCCUUCUAUUUAGUGGUAUUGUGGACUUUGCACAAAUCUGCAAGAACUCCAAGCCUAUGGAGAUAGUGAUGCUGUUGAAUAAUAUCUACACCAAGUUUGAUAUGCUGACAGAUCCAUCUAUCAAUGAUGUGUACAAGGUUGAGACAGUUGGUGAUAAAUACAUGGCAGUGAGUGGGCUUCCUGAGCGUUGUGCAUUCCAUGCACGGAGCAUCUGCAACAUGGCUCUCGACAUGAAACAUGUCACUCAGUCAAUUAUCCAUAAGGGAGACAAAAUACAGAUCAAGAUUGGCAUUCACUCGGGGGAGGUAGUGGCUGGGGUAGUGGGGCACAAAACGCCUCGCUACUGCUUGUUUGGCAACACCGUGAAUUUGACGAGCAGAACAGAGACCACAGGGGCCCCAGGUCAAGUCAACAUAACCGAGUUUACAUACAGGUGUCUUCUGGAACCCGAGUGCCAGGACCCAAGCUUUGUGUUCGAGAGGCGUGGUCCUGUAGCAAUGAAAGGACGACAGGAACCCAUGGUGACCUACCUACUCACGAGAGACCCACGGCAUCGAAGCAGCUCAUACAUUGACAAUCUAGAAAACAAGGGUACUUUCCUUAGGAGGGGUUCUGUACUGACAGACCAACCCACAGCUCAGAUCAUCAAACAAUCGCCUCCUGUUACAAGAUGUCCCAUCACGAAUGCAGCUUGCCAGGCUAGAGCGAAGAUUGUCACGGACGUUUGAACUGAAGGGUGUAGAAAAAGUGAUCAUGUGACGACAUGAAGCCCUCCUCUCCCUUCAGGCGCAAGUCCUGGUUUUGCCAGGGAAGGGGAACGCAGUCAUAUACAGUUGAUUGGCAAAUGGUUGUCGUCAACCGGCAUAUAUUAGCCAAAGCGCAUACGGUGAUGUCUGGUGCACACUAAUUACAUAACAACAUAACGACAUGAGCGCGGUCGUUAUGUCUAUGUCGUAUGGCGGGCUAAACAGAUUGCGCGCGCCAUGUCGUUAUGUCACUAGUGUGCACUAGGCGUAAGACUGAAGUUAUGCGUUGGCUAAUAUAUGCAGCUAGGCGUUUCAGUGGUUUUUACCCAUGCUUACAUGCGGGCUUGUCGCGUAGUCGCGAAGCCGGUUGACGAUUUUGGGAUUUCUGUGGUUUUUUUUUUUUUCGAAUCUCCUGGUUAUGGUGAUGUGACGUCAUCCGAAACCCUCUUUUCUUGGUUGGCCAUCCCCAAUCGUAAACGGCCAGCUAAAGGAGUGUCGAACAGGGGGAACGAAGGGGGGAUAGAAACAAAUUGAUUUAUUAAACAUCCGCUUGUGAUUGAUA